CAAAAUAUUUUGGAACUUAAAAAUCCGAAGUAUUUCAAUGGAAAGCAGGGACUGUAAGCUUCUGCAUUCAUCUACUAUGGACGACGAUAGGAUUAGCAGUUUACCAGAGGAACUUCUCUGCCGCAUACUCUCUUUUCUCCCAACAAAGAACGCCGUCGCCACCAGCGUUCUCGCGAAGAAGUGGAAAUCACUGUGGCGUUCACUCCCCACUUUGGACAUUGAUGACGACAAUAUAAGCGAAGACAACCAUGCUCGCUUCGUUGAGUCUUUCAAUGCAUAUAUCAGCUCCUGUGACCACCACCAACCUCUUCAGAAAUUCCGCCUCAGAUUCUCUAACCCCUAUGAUGACUUCACCAAUGUCAAUGCCUGUAUGAAAUCUUCCUUGCAACUCCUACUUCAGCACCUCCAAAUUGAGCACAUUGAUAUCGCCCUCCCCUUUCCCUGGAUACAACCAACAAAACACAUUAUGUCGCCUCUUAUAUUCACUUUCACAAAUCUUGUGGUUCUCAAGCUGGAGGCGAUAAGAUUCAAGCAUUUUACCUCUGUUGAUUUUCCCUUCCUUAAAACCCUGCAUCUGCAAGAUUUGCUUUUUGACAAUCGUCAAUGUCUCACAAAAGUCCUUUCUGGAUGCCCAGUUCUUGAGGAUUUCAAAGAAGAUUGUAUAGUUAUGGAUGGAGAGGUCGAUAAUGAUUUGACCGAGAGAGAGUAUUUUACAUUACCCAAGUUGGUCAGAGCCAAUGUUUCUGGGCAAUAUGCUUUUUUGCUUAAAGCUGUUAAAAAUGUGCAAUUUCUGCACAUUAAUGGGAUUGAUGAUAGAAACCUGCAUAAUUUCAAAGGCACAAACUUAUCAGUUUUCCCCUUACUUCACAAUUUAACCCAUAUUGAACUCUCCUUCUCCUGUACAAUGUGUAAGGAUUGGCUUCAGGCACUGGAGUUGCUCAAGAAUUGCCCCCAGCUUCAAGUUCUCGUCAUAAACCAGAUUCGUUAUAGUCUUGGUAACGGCACAAGACCCUACGUUUUCCCCAUGUUUCACAAUUUAACCCAUCUUGAGCUUGUCUAUAUAAGUUAUAAUGUUAAUUGGUCUCAGGUGGUGGAAUUGCUCCAGCAUUGCCCCAUGCUUCAAGUUCUUGUCAUUAACCAGCGAAGUUUUUUGAUGAAGAGUUUGAUCUAUCUGAAGAAACAGCAGAUUGGCAGUAUCCACCAUCUGUUCCUAAAUGCAUUCUAUCACACCUUAAAAGUUGCUAUCUAAAUGAUUUUAGAGGCACAAAAGGUGAGGUUCGAUUUGCAAGAUAUAUUAUGCGGAAUGGAAGAUUUCUAAAGAGUAUGACAAUAUGCUGUGGCAUUCGCAUAAAGCAACCACAAAAGGUUGAGAUCUUAACAAAAUUAUCCUCAUGCACGAGGCGCUCGAACACUUGUAAACUUUCCUUUAAAUGAUUUGUGCCAUUAGGCACUAGGCAGUAUGUGGAUCACUGGAAUCUAUAAUUAGCAUUAUGAAGCAGAAGUUUCACAGCAAGGCAGAAUAUUAAUAGCUUAUGAAGCACGACACUUGUGCAACCAGCUCUUAUGGUGCUUCGGUAUUGAACAGUCAAUUCCAGAGGGAAAGAGUUAUGGUUGUGCAGUUAUAGUUUCUUCUGAUUUAAGACGAGUAUUAGGUGUAGUGAAAUCGUUUAGAUUAUUUGGUACCUUUAUGAAGGGAAUUCAGAAGUGAGUAACAGAACAAGCUGAAGAUCAAUGAAAUAGUUUGAUGAAGGAUGUUUCUCUUUCUUGUCA